GGAAUCGUUCAUUUGAUCGCACUAAUUUACGAAGGAAGAAUAGUUUACUUGACUUUGUUCUUGAAAGACUAGUUAUUCUCAAAAUAGUUAUCCUGGAUUCUUUGAAAAGCAUUUAUGAUGAAUCAAGCUGUGAAGCAAUCUGCCAGAUCCUUAUCGAAGAUCGAAAGUGCGAAUCUUAGCGAAGAUGAAUCGGACAUGGAGCUUCCUAAACUCGGGCUGCGGGAGCCAGCGGAAGUGCCAUCUAAUUAUCUGCCCGAAAUAUGGAAAGAUGAAACCCGGAUGAAUGUGUUAUUCACAGAUUUUCGUCCACGCGAGGUGAAUCCUGCAGCAUAUGACAGUAAAAUGAAAUUUUGGACGGAUGUUGUUAAUCGGUGCGUGGAGGCUGAAAACUUGAUUUCGUUCACCGCCAGCGAUGUACGAGAGAAAUUGCAGAGGAAGGGACGAAGGCCGCAAGGCAUUGCGAAAGUUCUGGAAGAAAUGCACAGGGAGAAGCGCUUUGUCACCCUCGACGAAUUCUUUUCCACUGCUCAAGAUUCGUGGGUGUCAUGGGGGUUCGAAAUGGCUAAAAAACCGUUGUGGUGGUCAGCAGGCAUGGUCUUGGGUUACAAGUCGGUGGAUGCAGAGCAGGCGCGUUUCGUGGAUGUGGAAAAAAUAAAGGCCAUAGCAGCUGAAGUCGUGGAUCGGGCAAACUCCGGAAUUUUGCCCUCUUCCGCUGUGGAUUUACCCACAUUCCGAGCGCUAUUUGGCGAUCUGUUGUCGGAAACUGCAGUGCCCCUUGUGCUGAAACAUCUCCAACGUACGAAACAAAUUUUAGUGACCGAUCUGGACCAGCCAGAUCACGCAACGAUAAAGUUUUUAUCUCCCGGUUCUUCUUUGUCACCUCAUAACAAGCGCACUGCUCAAGGAAUCUCCGAAGCGGAUCGGGGCGUUAUCACUCUUCGGAAAUCUCUCCAGAAACUUGAAUCCAGAGCGGUUACUUUACAAAACAGAAUACAUGAACUGGAUGCGGAAACCAGAUCAUUUUUGCGGGAUGGGCAGAAAGCAGCGGCACUGAGGGUUCUGAGGAGAAAAAAAAAUGCGGACAAAGUGCUUGGUCAAACAGACUUUGCGAUUAACAAUAUCGGCACCAUAUUGUUCCGUCUGGAAAAUUCAGAAACCGAUGAAAAGGUGGUCGAGGCUUACAAAGCCGGCUUGUCCGCCUUGAAAAAAACUCAGCAAGAUACAAGCUUGGAGCAAAUCGAAGGGAUUGUGGAUGAAAUUCAGGAAGCUCAGGAAAUCCAGGAGGAAAUUAACCAGGCUAUCUCUUCUCCACUCAGAGCUACACUGGACGCAGAAGACGAAGAACUAGAGAAAGAGCUCAAUGACUUACUAAAUGAUGGAGAGACUGAGAAGCUUAUUGACGAAUUGGAAAAAUUGAAAGUUCAUGGAGAUGAACUCACAAAAAAAGGAUUCGUCACUCCGGUUGCGGCUAGAAAUAGGCAGUCGGAAACCUAUGAGAAGCUUUCCCAGUCCUGACCUCAAGAGAAAUCCCCGGGUAUUAUUCACUUUGGGCCAAUUGCAGAUAGCGUAUCUACCUACCUUCGACUUUCCACUUCCUGUGCCUGUAUUGUAUCUUUUAUGAUUUUCGUUUUAUUUAGUAGUUCGGCAUUGGUUGCAGUGGAUGCGUUUAGAGUGUAUUGUUGCUUUAAAUACCUACCCGAGUAGACGCAUGUUGUUUGGCUGUUAAUGCUGAGCACAUAUAAUUGUGCUUUAAUUAUUGCGUUGGCCCGUGGCCGUUUGGAAUUUUGGCUGCAUCUUUAAUGAACAGUGUAGAUUCUUCGA